UCGAUAAUUUAGUUAAAAUAUUUGUUAAUACAAGGAGUUUAAAGCCAGAGUUGGAUUCAUCUUCUGGAUUUACAAAAGCUAAUUUGACUCCAACAAAAAAUGGUGUAUUAUAUCAAGAGAAAAUAUUCCUUCAAAAUGCAUUAAUUGAUAACGAACCUUUGUCUCCAGUCUCUUCUUCUGAUGAAUUUUUUGAUGCUAUUGAUGCACCAAUUUUGAAUGAUUUUCGAUUCAGCCAUUUGAGUCAUACAAAAUUUAUUGCAAAUUUUACAAUAGAAAAUCUUGCAAUAAAUUAUGAAAUGAGGUUUGAGGGUUUUACAAAAAGUUUAAGUGUUAUGCUCAAGUGGAUUACUUGUGACACUAAAGUGAAUAAGUGGGACACCCUGAUCAAAACUACCAUAAAAUCUCUUAAACUUGUGCAAGUAAUGGAAGAUGAGCGAAAGGUGUUUUUAUUGAGCUUAAAUAAGCAAGAAGAAUUGUUUCAAGUCAAAUACAAGCAGGCUGAUCCAAAAGGACCAGAGUUUCAGAGCAAGUUUAAUAAAAAUGAAAAUUUAAUUUCUGUGUAUAUUGGAAUGAUAAAACUUAAUGUUAUGGAGGCAGAUAUAUUGGAUCUAGUGAAAUAUUUUAUAAAUUUAAAUAAAAGGAUAAAAACUGAGAAUAAGUCAAGUAAUCAAAGUUCUGUUUCAUCAAAAAAUGUUGAAGUUGAUUCAAUAAAAACUUUAAAAAAAGCAGAAUCUGAUACAAUUAAAAUAGAUUUUAAGUAUGAAUUUGCACUUGCUGGUAUAGAACUACUUGUCCAUGAUCUUUUUACUCUGAAGCUAACUGAUUUAGAUGCAUCUGUUGCUAUGAGUUUUUAUUUCACAAAAUUUUCAAUCAAAUUGAAAGAUGUUAGUUUUACAGAUGAAUGCAAGGAAACAAAAUACAGCAAAAUAUUAUCUGUUACUACUUUCAAAACAUGGUUUUACUGCGAGAUUGUUUUUAACAGCAAUAUUGAAAAAGAGAGUAUUGAUCCUGACUUGAAAAUCAUUCUUCAAGUUGGAAAAGUGAAAAUAUUUAUUAUUCCUGAAUUUUUAACUCAGCUCUUGGAAUCAGUCAAUAAGUUUAAAAAAAGUAUUAAUUAUUCUUCAAAUGCUACUACUGCAGCUCCUAAGAGUAUUACAAAUAAAAGUUUAAAAAUCCAACUAAUAAUGUCAUUAGAUGCUCCAGACAUUUAUGUUCCUAUAAGCAGGCUAUCUUCAAGCUGUUUUAUGAUUGCCCUUGGGCGUAUUGAUAUAUCAACUUCUGUUUAUAAAGAUAAAAUAUUUUUUUAUGAGAAGUUACAAAUUGAUGUUAAUGAUUUUAAGUUUUUAAGGAAUCUUGAAGAAAUCAUUUUUCCAUUAUCAAUACAAAUUGAGUGUGAGCGAUCAUUGAACAAACCUUAUCAAGAUAUAAAGAUAAAAAUUCAUCUUGCAAUUAUCUCAGUAAAAAUUCACAAUGAUGUUCUUAAUGAUGGAUUUCUCUUCUUGAAUAUAUUUGGUAUCUUAAAAUCAAAUUCUGCUGACAAUGAAUGUUUAGUUUUAAACUCUACAACUGCAAAGUCUAGUUUAUUAAUCCAUGCUGAUGUUAAUGAGGUUUUAGUUAUCAUAAACACAUUAAUAGAACGUCCACUUCUGACAGUUUGUCUUCAAAAGCUAACUUUAGUUUCCGAAAAUUGUGCAGAUGCAAAAAAAUCCCACUUUACAUUCAAACAUAUUGAAAUUAAAAGUUAUGAUAAUGAAAAAACAAAAAUUCUUUUGAAUUCAUUUUUUGAUGGUGGUAAUAUGAAUGCAAUAUAUUAUGACACAACUGAUAAGAAUCAAGAUUUAAAUAUUUCAUUAGGCCAUAUUUUACUUUUUUUGGAUGACUGUGCAAUACGUAACAUAAUAUUAUAUACAAAGCCACACAUAAAAAGUUUUUAUAAUAUGUUUACAAUUCCUGGAGAAAUCGAUAAUAUAUGUUUUGAAAAUAAAGUUAGCAAUCAAAUUGAAACUCAUCUUAAUAUUCAUGCAACUGUAAUAUCAUUAUCUAUGACUUGGUGUUGCUCAGAUAUUUGUUUAGCAGUCACAAGAAUGAAUGGUUCAAUAAAUUUUUUAUUGUCAUGCUUGCUUAAUAACAUUUCAUCAAUAAUGAUGUGGUUAAUGUUUUUAAUAGAUAUUGUUUUAAUGGGAUUCUUGACAGAGAAAAUUACUUCUUUUAAAUUAAGGUUAAACAGUUUCUGUAUUGAAGAUCUGUCACACGAGAGUUUAUACAAUCAGGUUUUUAUUAUGCUUGAUGAUAAUGCACUUGUAUUAGAGUAUUUAGCUUCAGAAGUUACAACAGACAGUGUAAUCCAAAAACAAAUCACGCUAAGCUUGAAGGUUGGAAGAGUGAAAUUUAUCUAUCUUUACAAGUUUGUUAAAGAUGUUAUGUUUUACUUUGACUGCCUUAUGAAACCCAUGACUUCACUUUACAAUAAUGAAAAAGAUAAAUUUAAAGAAACAUCCAUCACUUAUUUCCAGCUACAUAUUGAAAUUGUUUCCUCUUUGGUUGUUUAUCCUGAAACAUCAGUAUCAAAUAAAUACCUAUUGGCUAACUUUGACAGAUGUGUUAUUAAGAAUUCACCAUUGAUACUGGUUAAUAAUUUUACAGUUGAAAUAAGUGAGAUGAGUUUAUCAAUGGUUGAUAAGACAUCAGUAAGCAAAGUUGCUGACCAGUUAAAUCCAUGUUUACAAAUUGUUCAAUCUGUUUUACCACAAGAUCAAUCUAGGUUAACACCAGUCCAAAAUUUAAAAAUAGAUGUUCAUAUAAAUCCAAUUAUUGUACAUUUAAACGAAAAGCAUAUACAACUCUUUAUGUGUAUGUUUCAAGCAAAUUUUUUUGAAAAAGGAGAAACACAAAAAAGGUUAAUUUCGGCUAUAAUAAAAUCUAAUCAAGUUGAAGGAACAGAUAGUGUUGAUGUGAAUAUUAAAUGUGAACUAAUCAAAUUUAUUGUUUCAAGCAAUGUUCUUUUUAAGGAGAAGUAUAUUUCUGAGCAAGUUAAUAUUUGUGAGCUGUGCUGUCCAAAGUUUACAUUGAAAGUUUUUGUUGAUGAUAAAGUUUCAGUAAAGUUGGCUUUAAAAGAAAUUAUUGUGACUGACCUUCGUCCUUAUUCAAAUUUCUUCUUCAAAAAGAUGUUUGAACAAUUUUCGGAAGAAAAGUUAACACCUGAAAAUAAAGACCUCAGUGAAGAAAAGAACAAAUUUAGUGUUAUUUAUAAUUGUGAUGCAAAAGAAGGAAGCACACAAUAUUAUAAAUUUAAAGUCAAAGGUGGAACUUUACUGAUAAAUGUGGAUUUUAUAAGAGACAUCAUUAAAUACUAUAUAUAUGUCAUCACACUACCACCAGAUUAUGUUUAUUUUGAUACCAAUGAGUUAUUUCAAAUAAGAGUUACCUUUGAAUUUCCAGAUCUUAAAUUGGUUUUGCUUCAAGACUCUUUUUGUGAAACUUCAAAUGCUGUAGUUAUAAAGCUUCAGUCCAGGGUUAGCUAUGAACAGUACAAAGAAAAAAUGUCUAUUGAACUUACGGAUGGUUUAUUUGGAAUUGUCUUGAAACAGUAUCCUUUAAAAAACAAGCAGAAUUUGUUAUUGCUGCAGCCAAGCUCUGUCACAGCAAAAAUAUCCUUGACUAAUGCAAUGGAAAUAGAUGUUUUGAUUAAAAAAAUGGUUUUUUGUCUUUCCCCAAGUAUAGUUACUGCAAUUAUUUAUAUUGUUGAUGGCUUUGUUGGAUAUAAAAUUUUGGAAAAAAAGGAAAGCUUAUCUUCUACAAAAAUUAAUACAAAAGUUAAUUGGUCUCCACAGUUACUAAAUAAAGAUUUUCUUCAAGAACAGUCAUAUAUUGCGCCACAAAAUGAUUUUCAAACUGGUCUACAAAAGUUUCAGCUUAUGUUAGAUGCACUUGAGUUAACACUGGGAAAUGAUUUAAAAGGAGUUGUUGUACCGCUUAUCAAGUUUAACAUUUGUACUUCUACCAAAAUACUUGAUUGGUCAACUAGAGUAUCCUUUGACAUUGAUUUUACAAUAGAAGCAAGUCUUUUUAAUGAUGAGUUGGCAACAUGGGAGCCUGUAAUUGAACCUGAUAAUAACCAAAAUGAUUCUUUUGAAGUUAACAUUAGAAGUUUUUAUUGUGAAAAUAAAAAGCUCAACUUAUCCAAAACUUUUGUUCAAAUCAAAUCAGAAAAGAUAGAAGAAUAUGACCAGGUUGAUACAAAAGAUUUCAAAAGGGAUAUUAUGCACUUUAUUAUAAGUUCAGAUAAUAUUUUGCAACUAACCAUAACAAGCAAGUUUUUAAAGGUGGCUUCUCUUGUUUCUGAGGGGUUUUCAAUAAAAUCAUUAAGGAAUCCUGUAAAAACAGAAUUAGUUGCUCCAUACCACUUUGACAAUCAGCUUGGUGUAAAUAUCUCCAUAUGGGUUGAUAAGACUUUAAAAGCAUCUGUAGGCAACUCAUCAAUUCAAGUUUUAAAAAGAUCGAAUAAUUUAACAGUUGGCAUUGAAACUCGUUCUUUAUCUACUUAUCAUCUUAUCAAAAAAUCUCCUUCAGUUCGAUCAAGAAGUUCAAGAAUGUUGAACAGAAUAUUCUCAAAAACAGACGAAAACAGUGAAAGCUUUAUUGAUUUUAUUGACAUACAGGUAUCUGGCUUUAACUUAAUUAAAAAUUUUUCAUUGUCUGCUGUUGGUUGUUAUGGUUAUAAACUCACUUCAACAAAAAGUGGUACAAGUUAUGAGAUUCUUAUAGAUGUUAGUAUUUUAAAUGGAAGAAGAUUUAUCACAUUUUCUUCUGUUAUUCAAAUUGUAAACUAUCUACCAAUGGGUGUGCACAUUCUCUCUGUAAGUGGACAAGAACUAUGCUUCACUGAAAAACGUUCUUCUAUUCCUCUAGAAUACUCAUUAAUUGAUGAAAUAAAAGUAUCAUUGGAAAGAAUUCUAAAGGAGAUUUGUACAACAUAUUAUCAAACAACAUGUUUCCAACAAUUAUAUCAUAUAGUGAACAAAAAAAUGAGGGAAAUUUAUCUUUAAAUGGUGGAUCAUGGUCAGAUUCAUUUUACUUGAAUGUUGUAAGCAAUGAAAGUGUUAUUAAAUGCAUUGACAACCUUCAAAAUGAAUAUAGAAUACUUCUUACUGUUAAUCUAUCAUCAUUUGGCCUUACUUACAUCAUUAAAUUUUCACCCACUCAUCUUAUUUGCAACAAUACAGAGUUAACGCUUCUUUUUUCAAAUGAUUUACCACAUCCACAAUGGAAAAUUUUAAAUAGGACAGAAUGUUUGCCUGUGUGGUCAUUAUCUUCAUUAUUAUUACUUAAGGAAGAGAAUGGUGCACACUUAUCGCAAGCCAUACCAUUUGAUUGCAAUUUUAAAUGUGUAAAAAGGCUUUCUUCAUCAGAGACUGUUUGUGUUAAUGUUGAUAAGCUAGGAGAAAAAUUUGUAAUGAAAAUUUCACCUUAUGAAGAUGGAUGCAUACCAUUGCGUGUUGAUAAUUACUGUCAUUCUAUAUCUAUUUUUGUUAAACAAAAAGACACCACAUCAUUAUUCAGUACACAUGAGUUUCUACCAAAUCAUUCUCAAUACUUUACUUGGAAUGAUUUAAAAAAACCUUAUGAAGUUUUAGUAUCUUCUGAUCCUCAUUGCAAAAGUAGUUUCGUCCAUAUCAAUCCAAUUCAGAAUACAUUUGGAAAACUAGAAAGUUUUACAGCAAAUAACAUGGAAGAAAAAUCACAAAGCUCAAGUUGUUGUACUUUUGAUUGUUUCCCACGCCAUGGUGAUAAACAUAGCUUCUUAAUGUCUUCUUAUUUGACUUAUUCAGUACCAGAUAUUUAUUGGGUUUCAUUUUACGAUGGUUUACAAAGAGUAUUAGCAUUCACAACAGAUUUUAAUAUUGCAAGGAAAUUAUACAAGAUUGGAAAUGAAGAAUCUAUUACAAUGGAAGUUUUUGUCUCUAUUCAUGGAAUUGGAUUAUCAUUGGUUAACUCGAUUCCUUUGGAAAUUGCUUACAUAAGCAUUACUGGGGGUACCUCUAAAUGGGAAGUGAAUUCUGGUAAAGGUUGGAAUGUUUUAGAAAUUGUUACGUCUACAUUACUAGAAGAAAGUUGGAAUAAUGAUUGUAUAAGUGUCAAUAUUAAAAAUAAGAUAAAAGCUGAUUUUGAAGCUAUGGUAAUAAAAUUUCCUUUUUCUGGAACUCUGCGACGAACUCAAGAACCUGGAUUAUGGCUGCAUGUAAUUCAGUCUAAACAAUAUUUGUCAUUUCAUGUUUUUAUUCAGAGGUUGCAGGUUGACAACCAGCAAUAUGGUGUUGUGUUUCCAGCAGUUUUGUAUCCUACUCCUCUUCCACAAUACAUUUUGAAGAGAAAAGGCAUUAAACCAUUUCUUGAGGCUUCAGUUGUCUUUGGUUUUUUAAAUAAUAGUGUAAUCAUUCGGUAUUUAAAAGUACUUCUACAAGAGAUUAAUUUGAAAUUAGAUCGAGAUAUAAUUACUGGAAUAAUGAGUUUUAGCAAUAUAGAUAAGACAAAUAAAAAUGAAAUAACCCUGUUAGUAGAUGAUAUGAAAGUUGUGCAAAAAAGUGAAGAGCAAGCUGUCAUUGAGCUAUUAGGAUCUCAUUCUUCUAACCUUGUAUUAAAUUAUUUUCAUUUAUCACCAAUAAAAAUUCAUUUAAGCUUCUCUAUUGAAAGUCGAAAAGUAGAUACAAAUAUAAAUUUAGCAUUACUUGAGUGGCUUGUUAGUACCAUUGGAAUACAUUUCACAGAUGUUAGUGAUAUUGUUAUCAAGCUAGCAUUUUUUGAAUGCAAAAAUGUUUCAUUUCCAAGAGAAGUUCUUGUAGCUGAAAUAAAUAAACACUACUUAAUACAGGCUGCUAAGCAAUUUCACAUUUUGGUGUUGGGUUUAGAUGUCAUUGGAAAUCCAUAUGGGUUAAUAUCAGACUAUGGGGAAGGUUUAAAAGACUUUUUUUAUGAACCUUAUUUAGGUAGUGUUGAAGGUCAGUUUGCUGAAGGAUUAGCUUAUGGAGUGAAAAGUUUACUUGGUCAUACUGUAGGUGGCACAAUUGCAGCUGCUUCUUUGAUAACUGAGCAGUUUGGGCAGGUAGUUGCAGCAAUGUCUUUUGAUUCAGAGUAUAAAAAGAAAAGAAAGGCAAGAAUGCAAGUUAACCAAAGUUGUGUUGGACAAGAAUUUAUUAUUGGUGGAAAGCAGUUUUUAUUUGGCAUUUUGUUUGGCAUUUCUGGUCUAGUUACAAAACCAGUUCAAGGUGCACGUGCAAGUGGUAUUAAUGGCUUCUUUAAAGGGUUUGGUAAAGGUAUUAUUGGGCUGUUAGUAAAGCCUGCAAGUGGCGUUGUUGAUCUCGUCACGAGCAGUCUUGAUGGUAUAAAAAGGUUUUCCGAGCAGGUUGGAAAAGAUGUUGUUUGUCGAGUUCGUUUGCCUAGAGUAACCGUGCCAAAUCAGCCUGUUGUAAUUUAUUCUAACGAACACUCUUAUGGGUAUGGACUGCUAAAGUCGCUGAGCAUUAAAAAGAAAAUUGAUUUCAGUUAUAAAGAUUAUGUUGUCAUUUCUGACGAACCACUGCGUUUUGUUUUUUUCACAACGGAAAAUUUGAUUUCUGCUAAUCAAAAGAAUUUUUUUGAUGAUUGGGACAUUUCCUUUAUUUUAAAAUACAAAGUCAUUGAAAGCGUUGAACAAAAAGAAUCAACUGUUUUUUUAUUAUCAAAGUUAAAUUCAGUUGAAAUGGAAUCCGAAAUUUUUCAGGAAAUCGAACACAUAUCUUGUAAAACACCUGUGAUAGCUAAAAUUUUAGUCGAAAAAAUUACGUAUUAUACUACCGCAACUGCAUGACACGAAAUAUGCGUCAUUAAAAAAAUAUAACAAGUUAAAAUAAUACAAACGCGCGCAGAUUGUAGAAUUAUAACAUUCAAGUAUAUAUUUGUUUUAUAA